GCUAGCUGCAUCUACUCUUUCGAAUGCAUGACGUCAUGUAUGACGUGUACCGGGCUUGGCGGCGACGUUAGGCGUCGAUUUCAGUCAUUCGCGAGACGCUGAGAACGUAACAUAACUCCGAUUCCUUCUAACCUGUUUCAGGAGAUCCUGUGAUAAGUCGAUACCAUGUCUCACUCCGUCACCAUACGAACAACCACGACCACCACCAGUGGCUCGACGAUCAUCCUGAACACUGGCUACUUAAGAACUUUUCCUGGAAUUCUAAAAUUUCUUGAAGUUGCACUGGGCAUCGUCUGUGUUGGGAUCAUUGGGCAUGAUCACGACUCUGGCUAUUCUGUGGCGCUGUCGUCAACGCCUAGGAUAUUUUUCCUUCUCAUGACGACGACUUUCAUGAUAGCAUCUUUCAUUCUUCUGGUAUCGUGCCUCGCGUCCUUGUCAACCGGCUCGAUCAUAUCAAAAACUAUCUACGAGGUGAUCUAUCAUUCGAUCGGAUUUGGAUUACUCCUCGCAGCAUCCCUUAACCUUCUUAUAGACGUUACAAAAAAUAACCGCGUUUACAAUUAUGAUGCCUUAUUGGCAGCAUCGGUUAUAGGACUGGUCAAUGCGGCGCUAUACCUUUUGAGUACUUUACUAGCUCUGAGAUCCUACAGAGGUAUUUAAGUGCCGAAUAUCGUACGGGAUUCAUCCUGCUUAAAGAAGCGUCAGUUUGCACUUAAGACACAGUCAUUACCAAAGUUGUGAGGGAUGCAGAAUAGCAACUGUCAGGCGCAAGUGAAGACUGUCGUACCAUCGUUACCAUCGUAUGAUAAAUAUGUAAAAGUUUAGGAUAUUAAAAAUUAAUCGGUGCUGUGGUAUGCAUUGCAUAACUUAAGAAGUUUAAUACAUAGGUAUAUCAUAAAAAGUGUCAAUUCGGCAAAGAAUACUAAAAUUUUUUUGAUGAAUAUAUAUACAUACCUAUAUAUAUACUAUAGUAGAUUUUUGUCGGUGUAUUUUUGAGCUGUUUUUAAGGUCAAUUUAUUGUCAAUGUUCAAAGUAUAACGAUAAGCUUUCUACUUUUAUAAUAACCUUAUAGUAAUGGUCAAUGUCUAACAAUAUUAUCCUCAUUUCUCGUCGUCGCUGCAAUGUCGUGUCUUAUAUAGUUUACAACUAACAAGUAUAAUCGGGAGAAACCAGCGUCAAAAAAUCCUGCCAA